AGAAACCAUGUGUAUUCCUGCUUCCUCAGUGGUCCUGCUUGAGCAACCGGAACCUGAGUGCCGUGUCGCUGUCUCUGCCGCUGUUAAGUAAUGUAUCUUAGCGGUAGGCACUAAUAAGAGAGUUUGCGGGCAGAGCAGUGCCAGAGGAGCGUAAUCCCAGAUGACAGACCUGGCCAAGCGUGAUGAUCGCGGUUACCAAGCUUCAACGUCGACACCCAUCAUCCCGACGUUCACCAACUAAUGUCAUCCUCCAUAUCUGCGUCGUCGACAUCGUCUGCGACGGCGUCAGCGACGUCGUCAGUGUCGAGUUCCUCGUCGACUAGUUCCAACCUCAAGGUCGUUGGAAUUAUCCUUGCGGUUGUCAGUGGCUUUCUCAUAGGAUCCAGCUUUGUCUUCAAGAAGAAGGGCUUGUUGCGCUCGCAGGCGGGCUGUGUAGCAGGACAGGGUGUGGCAUAUCUCAAGUCGCCACUAUGGUGGAUUGGGAUGACGAUGAUGAUACUGGGCGAGCUUUGCAAUUCUGCAGCCUACGCCUUUAUUGAGGCCAUCGUUGUGACACCCCUCGGCGCACUUUCUGUCGUUAUAUGCGCAAUCCUAUCUUCUAUCUUCCUUAAAGAGACGUUGACAAUAUUUGGUUGGCUGGGUUGUGCUCUCUGUAUACUCGGGUCUGUCGUUAUUGCCCUCAAUGGCCCUCAGGAAGCUCUUGUUGGCCAGAUAACAGAGUUUCAGAAACUCUUUCUGUCCCCCGGCUUUCUUGUCUACAUUUCUGUGUUAAUAGCCGCAUCACUUGUCAUCAUCUUUUUCUUUGCUCCAAAAUAUGGCACUAAGAGCAUGCUGUGGUACAUUUUUGUAUGCAGUAUGAUUGGUGGUAUUAGUGUCAGUGUCACUACCGGUGUUGGCGCCGCCGUCGUUGAGACGGCGAAAGGCGAUAACCAGUUCAAACACUGGUUCAUGUACUUUUUAAUUGGGUUCGUCGCGGUAACCUUAAUUACAGAAGUGUACUACUUAAAUAAGGCGCUGGCGCUCUUCAACACUGCUAUGGUAACACCGACAUAUUAUGUUAUAUUCACUUUUUUCUCGAUGGUAACAACUGUGGUACUAUUCAAAGGUCUUGACUCCAGCGCGUCAGAGAUCAUCACAAUCGUCAUGGGUUUCCUUGUCAUCUGCAUAGGCAUCACUAUCCUGCAGAUGUCCAAAGUGGACCCUACUCAUCUGUCGAAAUUGGAUCGACGCUCUACCCUGCUUCUCCAAGCCGCACGAUCACAAACAGAGGUAGAAGAAAAGGGGGCAAUUGGUAGUGAGGAUCCAGGAAUGGACGCCUUACGAGGCUCCUUCGGUGCUAUGGGCAGCAUUAUUCGAGCCAGGAGUGCCAGGCGUGUCAGUGAAGCUAAUCGUGCUUCGUCAUAUCGAACAAGACCGCCCGGUGCUGCGGCUCCUUACGACCCUGAACAAUCACGUCAGCAGUGGCCUGAAGCCAACAAUACGACACCAAGCACGGCUUUUGACCUUCUAUCGGGAGUCAAGCGGCAUCAAUUGUAUGAUGCUCCAGUUCCUCGAACGAACACCGGUGAUUCCGAGUCAUCUGGAGCUGGUGCAACCAGAGGAGACGAUUCUUCAUCAAUAAAGAGCCCCUCCUUGACGGAUUCCCACAUAACGAAUAAACGACCUACGAUUAAAUUUGGCAGCCAAGAUCUCGUACAUCAGUAUCAUCCUACCGGGAACGGUCAGCGUGAUGAUCAAGCAGCUACGCAUGAACAUCGAUUGGCUUUGGGUAUUCCAGGGAUAGUAAUGCCCGGAGGUGGGAGCGGGAGCGGAUAUCCGCCCGCUGUACGGACACAGCCACUCGAGACCACCAUCGACAGCAAACCUGAUCUCUUCGCAGAGAGCCCGACGUCAUACGUCAACUCCAAUAGUAUGCGAGAGCAGUCAGUACCGGUGCCGCCAGGCUAUAUACACGAACAUACAGUGCACAGUGCGCCGCCGUCGAUGAACCCCCGACUCGCGCGAUCUGGCCAACAGAGGGUGGAUUCGCGGGAUAUAUUUGGUGACAAUAAUAGCCCAAGUACCGCGACCUUGUUGAGCUUUCCAAGUGUCACUGAUUCAGCGCGGAGUUGGGAUGGCGACGAGGUUGAUGAGACUGGGACGAGGGGACGAUCAUCGAAGAAGUAUCCCAAGGGACGAUGAUUCGGAUGAUUCGGCGUCCAGUGCCAGAGGUGGGAUACGGUUAGUGCAGCCCUCAGUCCGGGAUAGGUUUUGAGCGUGCACGUGUGCUCUUUUAUCUGCUUUUUUCUUUGCAUGGGACAUAUCAUUUUAAAAUUAUUCUUCAUUCGGUUCUGGUACAUAUCUGUCAGUGAUCUAUUCUAACCAGAGAUGCAUCUUCAUAGAGGAAUUGUAAUAGU